AUGGAGAUUGUCGCCAAGUCCAUCGCUUCGCCAGCAACAGCUCGUGUGCUGUUGACAGGGUUGAAGCUGUGCUGGCGGGUCCUGGCUCCAGAGGUGUUUCUGCGACAGCUGGCGGCACUAGCCGUACUGAUCAUUGCACGACACUCGCUAUGGCGAACACGCAGAUGGCUUCGGGCUCUUUCUGCCAAGAUUGCUCUUCCGAACAGUCGAAAGGUCUACAAGGAAGAGCUGAAGCAAGCCAGGAGGAAGUGUGCAGACUACAAGACCUUCCAAAGCUUGGGGGAGAAACUGGACAAAGCAGAAGGAAAGGACAAAUGGAAGCGUGAGGACAAUUCCCCACUCUUCGAUUCGCAGCACCUGCGAGAGCGAACGAAAAGGUACCGAGAAAUGAUGGCACGAGGCGACGUGGAUGCUUGCAUGUAUGCUUUACGCGGAGAGCUUCUGAGGAAGCACUUCGGAAUUUGCAAUCCAGCACUCUUCCAGGUGUGCAACACCGGCACGAAAGUCGUCAUAGAGGAGUACGUGGCAACGGUGUGUGAGGCCAUGGCAUGGGUUGGAUUUUCCUACAACUCCCCAUCAACACGAACAGAUUUGCAGACCAAGAAGGAUGCGAUUCACGAGCGCUUGGCCUUCUUCAACGAGACCAAGCAUGGCUUUGGUCGCAGUGCCCUUCUGCUCUCCGGCGGUGCAUCGGUGGGCAUGUACCAUUUCGGAGUUGUGAAGGCGGGUCUCUCAUACCUUAAGGUUGUGGCGAAGCCUGCAGCAAACUGCACAACAAGUCAACAAGGGGCAUUGCACUCUUUCGAUAGCUGUGCCGACAUUUCCGUGGCUCGAUUCCCUUCUGACCUUCUGACCUGUGGAUCUCAUGAAAUGUCAGGUCCCCCACCCCUACACAACUGGGCCGUUGCUUUGCAUUUGUUACGAGGCACUUUGCUUGUGGGCACUUGGCCUUCAGAUCUGCCGACAUCCUUUUGUGUUGAUUUUGUUUGCCUGGGAGCUCUGUAA